AUGUCUUUUGAACCUGUCAUGCCUCCUUUCAACUCGAGCGAUCCAUCCGCCAACUUUCUCAGCUCCUCCUGUCUAGACUUCCUACUCAUUGAGCUUGUGCCGUUGGCUUACCGAGUCACUCAUGAUCGAGACUCCAUAACCUCGGAACAAAACAACACAACUGCAGAUGCUACAUCGACAAGCCAUGCGGUCAGCUCUAGCGCUGCUGGAAUGAUGGCCGGUGCUGCGACAAGAAAGGAUGAAGAGGAGGAUCUCGAUGCGGUACAUUAUCGCCUAGAGAUGCUAGGUUACCGAGUUGGCCAGGGUUUGGUAGAGAGGUUCUCGAGGGACCGACCGCGGUUCAAUGACACACUCGACGUCAUCAAAUUCCUUUGCAAAGAUCUAUGGACGCUCGUCUUCGGCAAGAACAUCGAUAACCUCAAGACGAAUCACAGGGGAGUAUACGUGUUAACAGACAACGUCUUCCGGCCAUUUUCACGUAUGAGUACAGAAGCUGGCGGUCAAGCCAUCGUCCGCGCUCAACCGUUCCUGUGGUUUCCAUGCGGCGUUGUAAGGGGAGCUUUGGCUGCUCUUGGAAUCAACACAAGUGUACAGGCCGAGAUCAACGAGUUGCCGGGAGCCGUGUUUCAAAUUAAAACCAUACCAAAUAAGCCUUAG